AUGGGCGCUGAACUCAGUCGUCCCGCUGGUUCCGAUAUUACAAACCUUAAAGAAGACGCAGCUCGUCGACGUGUGGGCAGUGGCAGCUCUUUGGAUACAAAUUGUCAACCACCGAAUUCCUUUGCCAUGUCAGCUAGUACGACAUCAUUAUCUUCGAUGGCAAAGACAAAUCCAUGCACUCAAACCAGUCGUAGCAGUAGUGCUAAUGCCAAGUCGAAAUUACUUGAAAGUGGUCUCUUUUCAAGCAUGAGACGAUCUAGAAAUGACAGUAAAAGUCACACACCACCAUCUAGUAGUUUGGGUGAUCAAGCUGUUGAAAGUCUCGACUUGCCAAUGGUUGAAUGGGAAGGAUAUGUGACGAAAAGAGGACACUUGGUACGCAAUUGGAAAAUGCGUUUCUUUACACUUGAAGGCAAUUUGGUUUCCUACUAUGAGAAUAAAGUGGAUGCUCGUAAUCGGAGUCAUCUUAAAGGUCGUGUGAAUGUGGCAUCUGUUAAGAUGGAUAAAGUGGCCAAGAAUGGGCAUGGGUUUGAUUUUUCCUUUGAGACAAUUGAAGGAAAAGUUUUUCAUUGUAGUGUACCUACUCACUUUGAUCAGUUAGCUUGGGUUUAUUUCCUAGAAGCUGGAGUGGAUACGGUGAGCAUGAGACAGAAUAACAAACGGGUGUACAAUACGUACCGGCAUGGUGCGUUGCCGGAUAUGCGGACGGACAAGGGCUAUGAAGCUUAUCGACGAAUGCUCGGUGGUGAUGCAGCCGUAGUGACGGAGCUAUUGGCUUACUUUAACAAGGACCUUGUCUUUUCGUCGUCGUAUCCAACGAACACGCCCUUCAGUGGUGAUUAUUUUGGCCGUGAAGGGCUCCUGCACUUUUUUGGGGCAUUUCAGAGCAAUGUGGAUCUCGUUGAGAUUGCAGUAAACGACUGUGAAUUAAAUGCGAAUGGAAAGAGCUUGACGGUGAGAGGCACCGAGACACUCAAGAGCAAACACUCAGGAGCAAGCAUCACACAGUCGUGGUCGCACCGUGUGCGCUUUGGACCGAACGGACGCAUUUUGCGUUUCCGAGUUGAUGUGGAUUUAAAGAGCGUGACAGGGAACUGGAAGUCGUUUGGGGUCAAGAACCCGUACUCAGAAAUGUCCGAUGCGUCGAUCCGAUCCAACAGAUCAUUGAGUAUAUCUAUGAAGGACUUUACAGUGUACAAUGUAAUUGGUAAAGGUGGUUUUGGUACGGUCGUGAACGCAGUGAAGAAAAGUGACGGACAGAUUUACGCACUAAAGAUUUUAGAGAAGGAAAAGAUGACCAAGUACGAUGUGGAGAGCUCGUUUACGGAAAUGCGAGUAGCCCAAAAUAUUCACCACCCGUUUAUUGCUGGUCUGCGCAUCGCAUUUCAGAGUCGAACGAAGCUGUUUCUUGGCAUGAACUACUAUGGUGGCGGUGAUCUUUUCCAUCACAUGAGCAAGGGCCCGACUUGCCGGAUAUCAUCAGACCGUGCGCAUUUUUACACGGCUGAAUUGGUGCUUGGUAUUCACCACCUGCACAAACACGACAUUCUGUACCGUGACAUUAAGCCUGAAAACGUGAUGAUUGAUGCGGACGGUCACGUUGCACUUGUAGACUUUGGCCUUGCCAAACUGCAUGUGUCGGAGUACAAGGGUGCAAAGACUAUGGCUGGAUCACCUCAGUACACAGCGCCGGAGUUGCUCCUGCCCAAGGCAAAGCGAUCGUACGGUAAAGCAGCAGAUUGGUGGAGCCUUGGUAUCUUGCUUUACGAGAUGAGCGUGGGGAAAUCUCCAUUCUACGACAACAACAUUGAAAAGAUGUACCACAAAAUUCAGAAUGACCCUUUGGUCUUCCCUUCCAAACCAAUGCUUACGGAUGAGCUCAAGUCGAUUCUUCGAAGCUUCCUCCAGAAGGACCCUACGAAGCGUCUUGGAACUAAAAUCAGCGACAUUUUAGAGCAUCCGUACUUUCGCGGUAUCGAUUGGGAUUUGCUGCUGAAGAAGCAAAUCACCCCUCCGUGGAAACCCAAGCUUACGUCACUUCUCGACGUGGAAUACGUCGAUGCGGAGUUUACAGAUUUGAAUGUGCACAACGAAGUCACUUCACCGACAGAUAAGACGGCAGCCAAGUCGAAGGGUUUCUUGUCGCUCGUGUCGAGCCGCAGCAAUCGUGAAAAGGUAGCUCCUCCGGUUCAGGAUCCCACGUUUAAGGACUUUACCUACUUUUGCGAAGACCCGGAUGCUCUCGUGGAGGUCACAAACCUGGUGUCUGAAUUGCGGCCGCCCCCGCCGCCCCCGUGUCUUCUUGUUCACGAAGAGGACUCGGACGAGUGUGAUCGAUUAGAGGGCCAGGAUCGCUCUAUUAUUUCUGAGUGUGGGGGCACGCCGCUAUCAUCAUUUGUUGAGAAUGGACAAUUAAACCCGAUGCCAAUUUCACCGAACCAAUUCCACGAAGACUUGAAGAAGUUGGAGGCAUCCAUGACCGAACAAUUUGAGCGUGUGGAGGUAACGAUCUCCCGUGGGCGGCCGCCAAUAAAACGAUCAAGUUCGCAUUCAAGUAGCGAGGAAGUGGAGCACGAUCACGUUCACGUGGAAAAGCUGGUGAUCUCGCACGGACCGUCGAACUCGAUGGAUACCACAGGCAUUGCACCAGCUCACUCGACUCAAUCAAGCCAACACUCUCGCGGCUUAUCUUCUGCUAGCCCCAACGCCGACUCUCACGUAUUCUCUGGAGCAAAUAAUGCUGCUAGCCAUGGCAUGAACUCGCGGGACCACUUGGCCGCAAGCCAGGCUCAAUCUGCUGUGAUCCCCACACCUGUUGACACGCGGUCCAUAGUGGAGGCGGAAUUUUAG